GUGCCCGCCCGACCGAUGGGCAGCGGGAGGGAUGUGCCGGGAUCCAGCCCUGCCGCCCCCCGCCCCGUGAGUCGUUCCUGGGCCGGAUCCGUCCGUAGGGCGGGGAGGGACCGGCGGGACCCCGAGGUUCGCUCAGUUCAGGGCCGACAUCGCCGCAGCUCCGGCAGCCGAGAGUCCGGUCCGUGAGGCGGGCGCACGGCGGCCCAAGCGGAGCCCAGAGCCGCUCGUUCCCGUCCGGCCGCUCGUUCCCGUCCGUCCCCGCCCGGGUCGCCCCGAGGCGGCGAUGAUGCUCCGCGGUUGCCGCCCCCCCCCCUCGCGGUGCCGGUGCCGCCCGGUGUCGGUGCGGUGCCGGUAGGCGGCAGUGCUCCGCUCUCUCGCCGCUCCCCGCCCGCUCGGCCCCGGGAGCGGAUGCAGUUCCCCGGCUGCCCCCGGCUGCUCGGCGGGGCGGCGGGGCCCGGCCCGCAUCGCGCUCCCCCCCGCGUUGCUCCCGGCGGCGCUUCCCGCAGCGGCCCCGCUCCGUGCGCGGCGUCGUGCGGCCCCGCGGCCCCGCUCGGCAGCGCUCUCUCCCCGCCUCGGCCCGGUCCCGGCCUGCGGGGCCCGGCGCAGCUCCGCGGGGCCAUGGCCGAGUGGGCUCCCGCACAGGUGCAGGAGUGGAACGUGGAGCCCCCCCACCUGAUGCCGCUGCAGCCGCCGCUGCUCCCGGAGCGGGCGCACGUCAGGGAGGCGCAGCUGCACUCGGCCGAGGCGUCGCUGUGGACGGUGGUGGCCACGGUGCAGGCCAUGGAGAGGAAGAUCGACCUGCUGGCCACGAGGCUGCUCAGCCUGGAGGGGCGCUCGGGGACGGCCGAGAAGAAGCUCCUGGACUGUGAGAAAACGGCCAUGGAGUUCGGCAACCAGCUGGAGAGCAAAUGGGCCGUGCUGGGAACCCUCAUCCAGGAGUACGGGCUGCUGCAGCGGCGCCUGGAGCACGUGGAGAACCUGCUGAAGAACAGGAACUUCUGGGUGCUGCGCCUGCCCCCCGGCCCCCGCGGGGAGGUGCCCAAGGUGCCGGUGACGUUUGUUGACAUCGCCGUCUAUUUCUCGGCGGAGGAGUGGAAGAACCUGGAGGAGUGGCAGAAGGAGCUUUACAACAACCUGGUGAAGGAGAACUACGAGUCGCUGCUCUCGCUGGAUGCAGCUCUGCCCAGGAGCGACGUGCAGCCCCGGCUGGAGCGUGGGGACGUUCCCUGUGUCCCCGAGCAGCAGGACCUGCAGCAGCGCGAGAUGCCGGCGGAUGCCUGUGCGGAGCCGCUGAUCUCCACCUCCGACAUCCUGUCCCGGAUCAAGCAGGAGGUGGCGUUUGUUGGGGAGCAGCAGUUUGGGGAGGACCGGGGGCUGCCCACCGACCCCUGUGCAGGUGCGGACGCCCUGAUCACAGCUCACGACUUCUUGUCGUGGAUCAAGCAGGAGGAGGAGCCUUGUGUCAGGGAGCCCUGGGAGCUGCCAGAGAGGGAAAUGCUGCCCGCACCUCUCCCUGCUCCUGGCCCAGCCGGUGAGGGGCUGCUGGUGAAGCUGGAGGAGCAGCGCUGUCCCCGCUCCGACCCCCCCGAGGAGCUGCUGCCGGGCGCGUCGGGCGAGCUGCUGUUCCCGGCUCCGAGCUUCGGCAGCCCGGACGGACAGGCGGGACCUGCGGCCGCCGGGGGCAACGCGACGGCCCAGCACAGACUGAGCAAAGCGCCCGGCGCCGAACCGGGACCGGCGGCCGAACCGGGGGGGGUCCCGGGUCCGGCGGCGGAGGAUCGUCCGCACGGCUGCACCGAGUGCGGGAAGAGCUUCAGCGGCAAGAAGAGUCUCCGCAUCCACCAGCGCAGCCACGCGGCGGAGCGGCCGUACCCGUGCGCGGAGUGCGGCAAGAGCUUCAACUGCCACUCGGGGCUGGUGCGGCACCAGAUGAUCCACCGCGGGGAGCGGCCCUACAAGUGCGCGGAGUGCGGCAAGUGCUACAGCCGCAAGGAGCAUCUGCAGAACCACCAGCGGCUGCACACCGGGGAGCGGCCGUUCGUGUGCGCCGCCUGCGGGAAGAGCUUCAUCCGCAAACAGAACCUGCUCAAGCACCAGCGCAUCCACACGGGGGAGCGGCCGUACCAGUGCCCGGCGUGCGGCCGCAGCUUCCGCUACAAGGAGUCGCUCAAGGACCAUCAACGCGUGCACGGCGCCGAGCCCGGAGCCCCCCCGCCGCCACAGCCCCCCGGGCUGCCCCCCGGGGAUUAGAGCAGCGAGCGGCGCCCAACGGGCCAGGACUGAGGGCUCCCCACGGCCCGGGGGCGCCGUGUCGGACACGGAGCUUUGUACCAAAUGCGGGAGCACGGCCCCGAUCGGGACAGCCGCCCUCCGGGACGGGACAGCCGCUAUCCGGGACAGCACAGCCGCUAUCCGGGACGGGACAGCCGCUAUCCGGACAUCACAGCCGCUAUCCGGGACAGGACAGCCGCUAUCCGGUACGGGACAGCCGCUAUCCGGGACGGGACAGCCGCUAUCCGGGACGGGACAGCCGCUAUCCGGGACGGGACAGCACAGCCGCUCUCUCUCCAGUACAGCCGCUCCCCAUCCCCGCCGCUCGCCCCGACCCCGACGAUCCGGGGAGCGACGGAUCGAGCCGCCGCCGCCGCCGCGCCCCCGUCCCCGCCUGCCGCUCUGCCCCCAUCCCCCGCUGCUUCCUUCCCCUCCCGUGCCGUCCCGCUGUGUACAGUGCUUGGGGUGUCGUUUUGUAUGGACAGUGCAACGCUGAAUAAAGUCGUGCCGGGCCGCCCCGCCCUCGCCCUGCCCCGUGGGGUCCGCGCCCACAGACCCCCCACGAGUGGCGGCGUCCCCCCCCCAGCCCCGAGACACGGAGCCGUGGAUGCGGAACAGCCCCACGGGGACGCGCAGCGCCCGGUACCGGCCCCGGUGUCCCAAAGGGGCGGCCCAGCCCCAACCCCGCGGGGACCCCCACCCUUAAAGGGACCCCCGCCCCGCAAAGCCCCUCGUGGCUCCUCUCAGCUCCCCUUUCCUCAUUGAACUCGGCCCUGGGAACGCGUGCAGAGCCCAUUGCUCCCCGAACCGGCACCAGGAACAAAGCCCACCCGGUGCCCAUCUCACUCCUCCGGCUGUUUGUCCCCCCUCCAUCACGCACACUGGGGUCACUUUGUCCCCGUGGGCUCAUCGUGCAGCACCGCCCCCCCAGCGUGGGCCGUGCACAGACUGUGGGUGGGGGACCCAGGCCAUGCACUGGGGGGGGGCAGAAUGGCCACAGCUGCAGCCCUGAGUCGACACACGCAGCGAUGGCUCCUCUCUCUCUCUUUCUCUUUUUUUUUUUUGCCCGUUUUUGCUGUUUUUUUUCUUUGAAACAAGUUUAUGGUUAUAUGCAAAUUAGGUCAUUAAAUGAUUUGCAUAAAAUGUU